UUGUUUUCGAUGAUUUUAUUAUGGUCAUCAAUAUUAGUGACAAGAAAUAUACUGGACUGACUUCUACCAUCAGUUGUCUGACUGCAGGUAUCGUCAUGUCAAAGCGAAAACAUGUCGUUUCUACCAUGAUUUUGGCACCUCUAACUGAAGUGAAGAAAGCUCCGCUGAAGGAUCUGCCGCCUUAUAUCGGACCUUACAAUGAUCGAUACAUAUGUAAGAUAUGUGACGCAGUGCUGCAUUCGGAAAAGAUGCUGGUGGAACACAUUUUUGGUAGGAAACACUUAGCCUGUUUGAAGAAAGUUGAAGAGGACCGAGAGAACCAGGAAUGUUCCGUGAUAACAGGCAGAUUGCCAUACUUGGUACCAGGUACACCCCAGAAGAACUUGCCACGCCACAUCAUUCCUUUCAAAGGGCAAUAUAAAUGCAUGAUAUGUGAGCUCGGGGGGCCACUGAGUUCCAUGAUAGAUGUGAAGGAUCAUGCAGGUGGCAGACGUCAUUCUUCAUCUUUGAGGGCAGUGGAUGAGUCAAGGAAACACAAGUCAACUGGGUAUGCUGGACCUGUAAAGCUAGCAGUUGACCAAAACAUUGCCUACAAUAAGCCACGAGAGGUCCAGGCCAUAGCAGUUACUAACAGUGGUGAAGAACACAAUGUUACGGUAACGUCACGCACAUUUAAAAAGUCUGGUGAAGAAGAUGCCACUGUUGGGAAACACCCACCUCCAAAGUCAAAGUUACCAUCGAGAAUCAAACCUUUCGGAACUAAAUACAAAUGCAAUGCUUGUAACUUGGUGCUGGAUUCUCUUCGGAUGGUUGAACAACACGCGGAGGGGAAGCGACAUUUCAGGUCCAUGAUCAUAAGUAGACUGAGGAAUAACAGGUCUUGGUUGAUAAAAGACAAGCAUGGUGUUGAAGUCAGGUGUGCCUCAGAGGAGCAGCAGAAAAAGAAAGGGGUCACUGAACUGACCUUAAACAUCCAGGACAUGGAGGUCAUAGAAAGUCUUAAUGAGCAAGUCACCAUUGUAAACAAAGGAAAGAAUGUGGUGUAUCUUCACAACGUGGCAUACCUAAGAGACAGGCCGUUUUAUAAACUAAAGAAACCCGAAGGCCUUGUUUCUCAAUGUCCUCUGGAGGUGGCGCCAGGUCAGGUAGUAAGCCUUAAUGUGAUAGUUGCAGCCAAAAAAAUUGGACGCUACCACACAAUACUAAUACUGCGUUUAAAAAGAAGGGCCGUCCGUGAAGACAUAUUUAUCAUCAGGGAAAUCCAAACAAGAGUUGUGAAUACAUUGGUUUUGGAUAGUGACCCUACGGCACCUUAUAUACCUCCGCCUCGGAUCAGCGUUUUGCCACAAAUGGAGGUUAUCGAUGGUGAGAGGCCUAAAACUCAUAGGAGUGAGCAAUUAGAGAGAGAGCUAGAAUUGAAGAAGUACUUUGUUCCCAAAUUUACACGAGCAGCUGUGAAUAGUGGGAUGCCAAUGUCACACAAGGACGGAAGCAUUGAUGCAGAACUUAAUCGUAUAAGGAUGUUGAUGGAUGAUGAGAAGCCUUCAAGUAAACGGAUUAAGGAAUACCAUUCCCGCAUGUCUGCCCUGCUUCAUCUUGAAGAGCUCCAGAUGGAGGUGGAUAUCAGGGUAUAUGAUUUGAAGAAUGUUCAAAUGACAAGGGACGGCAAGCUUCUUGAACUACAGGUUCCUGGCCUAGCUGAAAAUCGGCCGUCAGUUUUGCGGGGAGACCACAUCUUUGUUGAGAUCAUACAAUCUAGCGGAAAGCCAGAGGAUAUAGAGUACAAAGGAUAUGUACAUCAAGUUAAAUUGGACAGUGUUUUGCUAGGAUUCAGUAACAAGUUGUUAGCCAAAUUCAUUGUCGGGAUGAAAUUCAACGUACGCUUUACCUUCAACCGGCUACCGCUGAUGUUGCAGCAUCGGGCAACAGAACUAGCAGGAGAACAUUUUAUGGAAAAGUUGUUAUUUCCUCAGCCAGACACCAUCUGCACCUGGCGUAACAGCGUAGCCCCAAAAGAGGCUAUAAAAAAGUUCUUUGACAGGAGCAUUGAAGCAAAUACUGAGCAAGCGACUGCUGUGCGACACAUUGUGGCAGGUUCAUCGCGCCCAGCACCGUAUCUGAUCUUCGGUCCCCCGGGAACGGGCAAGACAGUAACUGUGGUUGAGUCGAUCAAACAGGUCCUAGAGUGCAUUCCUGGAGCUCAUGUUCUUGCCUGUGCACCUUCUAACAGUGCCGCUGACUUGAUCACGCAAAGAGUUGCCAAACAUGUCCAAAAGAGUAAAAUAUUUCGGAUAUAUGCAGCCUCCAGGAACUGGUCAGAUGUUCCAGAGGAUAUAAGAGACAUAUCGAAUUAUGAUAAGAAUGAGGGCGAUUAUUUUUACCCAUCAAAAGAAGACAUAUGCAAGAAGAGAGUUGUUGUGGUAACCAUGGUAACUGCUGGAAGACUAGUCUCUGCCAAUUUCCCGCCGAACCAUUUCACGCAUGUCUUCAUUGAUGAAGCGGGUCAUGCGUUUGAGUCGGAGGCUAUGAUAGCGGUUGCUGGCAUCCUGGACAGCAUAGAUGGCGGACAGCUUGUGUUGGCGGGUGAUCCCAAACAACUUGGACCUAUCGUUCGAUCACCUCACGCGAAAGAAUUUGAAUUAGAUAUCUCCCUCCUUGAAAGGCUGAUGAAAACUGAACCAUUCCAGCGAAGUCCUUUUGAACUUGAUAACAGCCACUACAAUGCCCGUGUACUUACGAAGUUGCUCGAUAAUUAUCGGUCACAUCCAGUGAUCAUCGAUACCUCGAACAAGCUCUUCUACGAUGGUGAACUGCGGGUCUGCGCUGAUGAAAUGGCACGUGAGGCAUUUUGUCGAUGGGAGGAGCUACCGAAAAAGAAUUUCCCGAUUAUAUUUCAUGGUGUUGUCGGUAAAGAAGUGCGGGAAGGCCAUAGCCCGUCGUGGUUCAAUCCGGAGGAGGUUGCCCAUGUGUACAAAUAUGUCGAGAAGCUGAUGACAGCAAGAGGUACCCAGAAGUUGCAGCAGACAGACGUUGGCAUUAUUGCGCCAUACCGACAACAGGUGGUCAAAAUAAAGCAGGUACUGCGGAAGAAGAACUAUAAUAAGAUCAAGGUCGGGUCAGUGGAAGAAUUCCAGGGCCAGGAGAGGAAGGUCAUCAUCAUAUCAACUGUAAGAAGCAGUCCAGAGUACCUGGAAAAAGACGAUGAGUUCAAACUUGGAUUCCUUGCUAAUGCAAAGAAAUUCAAUGUGGCAACAACACGUGCCAAAGCCCUCAUGAUAGUUAUUGGAAACCCAAAUCUUCUACAGCGCGACCCUGCAGACUGUUGGAACAAGUUUCUUGAUUUCUGUCUUGACAACGACUGCUACGUAGGCAUCAAGUUUGUGCCCCUGGAGAAGGAUCAAGAACAAGUUGGCAAGCGGGCGACAGAAUUAAAUUUUGGGGAUUUCAUGAAGAAUUUACCAGACGAAAAACCUGACCCAAUGGCUGCCUCGAUUGUACAGACUGAGCUCCAUCCGAGCUGGAGAGGGGAGGACCAGACAUAGAAAAUUGAUGAGGAAAUCGGCCUACAUCAGCCUACAUCACUGGGGGCACCCAUCUAUCUCUGACAAGGCUAUUAUUGAAAAGUUUUAAAAUGGAUGUUAGCUUAGGAAAUCGACCAGUAUAUUUCGAACUUGUUACAGCAUACUUCAAGGGACCAUGAGAGUUGGUAGGCCUACCAGUCUCUCUUCUGGUGUCUGCUUGCUUGAAGUUUAUCAGUCUCUUCUCUGCUCCCUAUACCCAUGUACGUAUCAUUUAUUCAUCUAUUAAAAUUUUAUGACGGAAACUUCUGAGGAACGGUUAAUUAUUUUGUACAGAGGAAUUUUGUAGUGGUGAUGGAGUCUUAUGGGUUUUGCCUCAAACAAAAACCGCUAUGAUGUAACCACCCAGGCACCACUUAGUGAAUAGCGGUCAAGCCUGAUCUUUUGUAUUAACUGCUGUAGAUAGUAAAUUUGUUGAAGAAGUGAGUAUGCUAAAAAAAAUAUAUAGCCGUUUAACCCUUAUUCUAUGAAACAUCUGAUUGCGCCCAGCUGUAUUAGAUCAUUAUAUCCCUGAAGCAGUCCUGAAAUUUUCAGGCAAAGCAUUUUGAAAGAUUUUGUACUGCACCACAUGAUUUGUGGACAACUUAGGAUUAAUGAGCAUAAUCUACUCAAGGUAGAUGUAGGCGAGAUUAGGCAGCUGUAUGAGGUCCAAACUAAUGACACUGUGAAAAUACUUAAUCAUGAGGGACAGAAGAGGCUAAAGUAUAUUUUUGAGUGAAAAUGAAAUGAUAGCUGUGAUUACCUGGCUGGCCUGUUCAUAAUCGAAAUAUAGUGUAAUCUUUGUAUCCUAUUGUAAUCUUUGUACCCACUACGAAAAUACUUAAAGAGAUUUUAACGGUGAGGGACAGAAGAGGCUAAAGUAUAUUUUUGAGCGAAAAUGAAAUGAUAGCUGUGAUUACCUGGCCGGCCUGUUCAUAAUCGAAAUAUAGUGUAAUCUUUGUACCCUAUGGUACUUUUCACAUGGCACCAACAUGUAUAUAUGCAGGCGUAGAAAGAUUACAAAGAUUACAAUAGGGUACAAAGAUUACACUAUAUUUCGAUUAUGAACAGGCCAGCCAGGUAAUCACAGCUAUCAUUUCAUUUUCACUCAAAAAUAUACUGUAUAUCCUCUUCUGUCCCUCAUAAUUAAGUAUUUUCGCAGUGUCAUUAGUUUGGACCUCAUACAGCUGCCUAAUCUCGCCUAUCUGAAAUGAUAGCUGUGAUUACCUGGCUGGCCUGUUCAUAAUCAAAAUAUAGUGUAAUCUUUGUAACCUAUUGUAAUCUUUGUACCCACUGCGAAAAUACUUAAAGAGAUUUUAAUGAUGUGGGACAGAAGAGUAUACAGUAUAUUUUUGAGCGAAAAUGAAAUGAUAGAUGUGAUUACCUGGCUGGCCUGUUUGUAAUCGAACUAUAGUGUAAUCUUUGUACCCUAUGGUACUUUUCACAUGGCACCAACAUGUAUAUACGCAUGAUUCACGAAACUGCACCCGUUGUUCAAUUGAACUCUAUGUGUUCUAAUAAAUAAAUAAUGUUAAAUCAGUCUGUUUGUAGCAUACCUAUUAUGCAUUGGUGCUGCACUUUGAUCUUAAGACAAUGGUUGGUGUGCAUAAAAAAGAAGUAAAUACUGCUAGUAGAAGCAAAUGUAUUUACUAGUAGUUACUAGUAAAAGUAUAAGUAAAAGCAAGUAUGCAUUCAGAGAUGAUGUGUACAAAACCAGUAAACAUGGUAAAUACUUUGGACUUGAAAUCUGUGGCCUCAUUUCAUUCCCCGAAAUAGCAGUUACAUGCAAAUGCCGUUUUCUUCGUGAAAUCAGAAUUUGAUUGGACGGGAUGUUGGUACUUGGACAUGAUACUUCUUUCUCUUCUUUGAAUCAUUCAUUAAUGAUUUAAAGGAAUAUUAUGUGUGUUGUGCUUUGCUUCCAAGGUUGGUCUGGAGCUACCUUGGGAUUUUAAAGCAUUUACUACAAAAUAUGUAGUUUUUGCUUCAUUUUAAAGUAAAUACUAGACUAGUAAAUACUUGGUGAUCUGCCAAAAGUAAAUAUUUUUAAGUAAAUGGUUUACUUUAACUUUUUGCAUACUGAUGGCAGUAAAUACUUCAGAUUUCAAGUAAAAACUAUUUACCUGUUGUUAUGCAUUAACCCAAUGUACCUCAAAGGGCUACAUUGGUCAAAUCAGAAAGUAUUCUUGAUAUAAAAAUCUCUAACAGCUAAAGGGUUAAUUAACUUAACGCAAAAAUUAUGCAACGUCCUACGUGCAAGGUUGUCUGUAGGUUGCAUAACUUGCAUAUACGAAUAUAGGGAUGUCAAUUGUGAUUCAGAGUUUUUUGGUGUGUAUAUUUACUGCAAUAAAAUGCUUCUU